UGAUCACAAAAGGAAAACAUUGAUGAUUAUUUAAAUAAAAAACAAAUCAUGAGCCUUUUUUCAAUUAGAUUAUUGAUUAUAUUUACAUCUUUAUUAUCUUCGAUUGAAUCGAUUAAUGAAUGGAAAUCUGAAGAAAAAUUCUGUGAAAAUAUUCUAAAACCAUGUAAUUGUUUUGUCGAUGCUCAAACUAAUCUGUUAAGUGUUCAUUGUAAAGGUGAUGAUAAGAUCAACAAUUUGGAUCAGAUAUUGAAACGUAUUGCACAGACAAUCGAUAAUAUCCAAUUCGAUGAAUUGAUUUUGGAAAAUUUCACUCAGAUUAAAAUGAUAGAUUUCACACAAAUUCAACAGGUUCCAAUUAAAACAAUUCGUAUAUUCGAUUGUAAUCAUUUGGAACUUUUAAUCAAUAAAAAUUCAAAUAAAAACUCAACUCAAUUGGCAAAAUCUUUGAUUGAAUUGGAAUUGGCAGGCAAUAUAGCUAUCGAUUCGGAUCGUUUAUUCGAGUUCUUGUAUACAUUUUCUCGAUUACGAUCGAUAAUUCUGAGCUCAAUAAAUUAUCGAAAAAUACCGGUGUUAAAUCAUACUAAUAAAUGUUUACCUUGGAAACGUCUCGUAUUUAAUCAUCGCUGUACAAAAAAUCAAAAACAACCACUCACCAUUGAUCGAUCAGAUCAAUUUAUUAAUCUUUGUAACAUACGAUGGUUAGAUCUUUCCUGUAUGAAUCUUCAACAUCUGAAUCGAAUGGCUAUAUUAAAACUUUGUCAACAUUUGAAUGCAACGACUACUAAAGGCAGCGAAUUACAUCUGGAUCUAAGCUAUAAUCCUUUAUUGAAUAUUGAUCAAUGGGCUAAGGAUGGUUAUGAUGAACGUUUACUUCACAUUGAAUUCUGAGCUAACCAAAAGAAAAAAGCAAAUAAAAACG